AUGUCUACUGCUUAUUCUAAAAUUGUAUGGCUAUGUGGUUUUCUCGAGGAGAUCGGGUUUCCUCAGACUACUUCUACCCCUCUUCAUGCUGAUAACACUAGUGCUAUUCAGAUUGUCACCAAUCCUGUUUUCCAUGAACGCACCAAGCACAUUGAGGUUGAUUGUCAUUCUAUUCGAGACACCUUGGAAAGUUGGGUGAUAUCUCUUCCUCACAUCUCUUCUGAUCUCCAAGUGGCUGAUGUCUUCACCAAAGCUAUGACUCGACAGCGGCAUCAAUUUCUUCAACAACAACAACGCUUACCAUUACCAAGACCGCACCUUUCUGAUACAACCCUCGUAAACCCUCCAACAUCCUCCCACACUGGAACCAUCCUCUCAAAACCCUUAUCAGAUAUCAACUCCUUCACUCUAGACAGGGAAUUGGGCCGCGGAUAGUUCGGGGUCAAUCUUUGUACUGAGAAGUCUACUGGCCUUAAAUACGCCUGCAAAUCCAUCUCCAAGCGCAAGCUUGUCCACAAGAGCAACGUAGAGGGCGUGCGUCGAGAGAUCCUCAUCAUGCAACAUCUCACUGACCAGUCCAAACAUUGUCGAAUUCAAGGCGCGUAUGAGGACCACCAGAGUAUCCAUUUAAUCAUGGAGCUCUGCUCUGGCGGGAAGCUCUCUGAUCGGAUCAUUGCCAAUGGUAGUUACUCGGAGCGUGCCGCCGCUGCCAUUGGCCGUUUCAUCGUCAAUGUGGUCUACGUCUGCCAUUUUAUGGGGGUGAUGCAUCGGGAUAUCAAACCGGAGAAUUUCUUGUUGGUCAGUAAGGAGGAGGACUCGCCACUCAAGGUGACAGGUUUUGGUCUAUCCGUUUUCAUUGAGGAGGGUAAGAUGCUUAUUUAUUAG